GAUACGGGAAUGCCAUUGUUGUCUGUUCGUAGACGGGAUGGCGGGCAUUUAAGGCGGGCGCGGCGCGACACGAGGCGGAUUGGCGCGUCGCUUGCGCACAAGCCUGACUCGCCUGCGCUGUUCGGACCCGCCGCAGAUCACCCAAACAGGCAAUCCCCGACGGUGCGACGCUCCCCGACGGAUCCCAAUAUGGGAAUCAUAUGAUGCGCUCCACAUGCAACGUGCCCGCC